AUGGUCCUUCUUUUAUACCCGUUUCUCAUGUUUUCGCUUGGGCUUUUCAAGAGGUACCCGGGUAAGAGAAUCCUCCCCCGCUCUCCGGCGUAUGUCGUCGAGUCCCAUGCGAAGCCUUCGACCGGUCACCUUUGCACCCUACAGUUACAGGGUUUUACUUUCCGGAUGACGGAGGUGCCACCGACUCCUUCCACUUUCCCCUUAUUGCGACAAGAAGAAAGAGGGACAAAUCAACAUUCAAUUAGCUAUAGCUCAAGGCCAAAGAACUACGAUCUCGACCUGCCAGCAGCCAUGACAAAUUCCAGUGAAGCUUGA